CUACGUUGAACCCCCUGCGGAUCCGUGUAUUUGUUGCACAUCGGGCUACGACAUUCAGUUUGUUUUGGUCAGUCUUUGGACGAGGAUGUCGUGGGAUCGGCUUCCGUUGGAAAUCUACGUCUCUAUCUUUAAGAACUUGGACUUUUGGGAUCGGAAGCCGCUGUCGCUGGUUUGUCGUCAAUGGAACGCGGCCGUGUACUCGCGGUCACUAUGUCGGAACCUGUGCAUCGAGCUGAGUCGGGACUGGGUGCGGGAAGCUACUGGGAGGACCUACGAGGAGGUCAAACUGGUGGACGAGGGCGUGGUGCAGGAGACGGAGCGAGACUAUCGGGUGGUUUAUGUGAAGUGGUGCAAGGAGUCGGAUCCGGAGGUUUUGGGCAGUAUUGAUCGGCUGUUGAGGGAGCUGGACGAGAAGUGUCUGCUGGAGGGUAUGAUAGUGGAUGCACCGUUGGGACAGUCGUUGAUUGAGUUUUUUGGAACGCAUGCUGAUCUGCUGGGGAGGAUUCGGAAGCUGCAGAUGUGUACGGAAGCUACGGAGAAUACGUCGAAUCAGCAGGUGGUGAUUCGGAUGGAUAAGCUGGAAGCGCUGACUUGGCGGGAUAUUGUGAUGAACAAUCAGGUGCAGAUUAGGAAGCCUGUGUUCUUGGUGGAUGCUCCGAAUCUUAAAUCGGCCGUCGUAAAGUUUGGAGAUUGCGACUCGGAUGUUGGCGUUGUUUGGCACAAUGGUCUGAUGGAGUUGGAGCGCGGUGGGAACUUGAAGAUACUGAAGAUGCAUCUCAACGGAAGUAUGUGGCAGGACUUCUUUUUGAAUCGCUUGGAAUCGCUGGAACACUUGAGCAUCAUUCUACAGAAGACUAGUAUGACAGCACGUGAUUGGGACAGCAUGUUCGCGAAUAUACCGAAUUUGAAAAAUCUUCAAAUGGUAAAUGUGAAUGAUUUUAUUCUGGAAGCAAUUCAUCAGCACUGUCAGCAAUUGAAGGUUCUACGGCUGGAGAAGGUAGACUUGACGGUGGGAUUCUUGUCGGUCGAUAGAAUGUUCCCAAAGCUGGAACAUCUUCAACUGGAAUCGGGUAACAUUAGAUCCAAUAGGAAUCUUGUCGUCCCAGCUCUGAAGCGUCUUGAGUGGAGUGGCGUCAAGAACUUGGACAAUCUCUCACUCACAGUCAUCGCGCCGAACCUUCGAUCUCUCAAGCAGUCCAAGUACGGCCACUCGGAUUUUAUCGUGUCCUGCUGUCCGCUGCUUGAGGAACUCCAGCUGGAUCUGUUCGCUUCGGACAUUCCGGAGCACUUUUUCCAGUCCCUGCCCAGGCUGCGUCAGCUCAGCAUCCGCAUCAGUUCGGCCUGUCCCGCGUUAGAGCGCGUUCUGCCUAAUUUCCGGAACAUUGAGGAGUUCACGCUGAUCACGUACAACGCACCGCUACAGUGCGACAUCCUGCUGGCCUCGAUGUUCAAGCACUGCGAACGCGUCACCUCGCUGACCAUGUGCGGAUUCAAUCCCAAUCUAGAGUUGUCCUUUCCGGUGUUUGCGCAAAUUUUCCGGAAUCGCUUGUUGAAGUCUCUCAAGCUUUUUGGGCUGACCAUCAAGGGCAACUCGUCACCGGUCCAGCUGCCGCCGGACCUGGCCAAGUUCGAGCUGCGCUACGUCCGCGUGAUGGACGUGGCCUUCGGGGCGUACGUAUUUCCGCCGGACGGCCCCUUUCAGGUGGUGUGCAACAAGAGUGACGAUUGCUGCUGCUAUUUUUCCAAGGAUUGUGAUUAGGCGUCGUCACGGCGUGUGAUAUUAGAAAUUUUACGAAACAAAACAAAAAAAUAGCUGGUUGGUCAUUAAUAUUUAUACCAGAGAAUGAACAAAAAAUUGCCCU